GUUUAAGAAAGAAGCACAUAUCAAUGGGUGGCACAGCUCGACAGAACACCGCUUUAGCUGGGUUGACAGGCGAACAGGGGGGAACUGGUCUCUUUAACCUUUAAACUCCGCUCUUCCAGCAGGUAGCAGGGGCUCGUAUGGCUUCAUGAAAGCUCCUCAAUCGAUCGUCUCUCAGUGGGAAUAGAUAAAGGAGGGAGGAGAUCCAGCGCACUCAGCUCGGCUCAGAGAGAGAGACACGGCGAGAGGAGAGAGGUGACCCCUCUGGUAGAAGAUGUCCACAAUGGUGUAUCCUCGUGAAGAGAAACUGGAGAAGCUGUCGCAGGAGGAGAUCAUCUCGAACACUAAGCUGGUGAUCCAGGGCCUGGAGGCUUUGAAGAGUGAGCACAACUCCAUUCUGCACAGCCUGCUCGAGACCAUCAAGUGCCUCAAGAAGGAUGAGGAGGCCAAUCUUGUGCACGAGAAGUCCAACCUGCUGCGCAAAUCAGUGGAGAUGAUCGAGCUGGGCCUUGGGGAGGCACAGGUCAUGAUGGCCCUGUCUAACCAUCUGAAUGCAGUGGAGUCGGAGAAACAGAAGUUGCGGGCGCAGGUGCGACGACUGUGCCAGGAGAAUCAGUGGCUUAGAGACGAGUUGGCCAACACACAGCAAAAGCUGCAGAAAAGUGAACAGAGUGUGGCCCAGCUGGAAGAAGAGAAAAAGCACCUGGAGUUCAUGAAUCAGUUGAAGAAAUAUGACGAAGACGUCUCGCCCUCUGAGGAAAAAGAUGGUGAACCACCUAAGGACUCUCUGGACGAUCUCUUCCCUAAUGAUGAAGAGGAACAUGCCCAAGGAAUGCAGCACCAGCACAACAGUGCAGCUGUGGCCGCGGCGCAGCAGGGUGGCUAUGAGAUACCUGCCCGCCUUCGGACUCUUCACAAUUUAGUGAUCCAGUAUGCCUCUCAGGGCCGCUAUGAAGUGGCUGUGCCACUUUGUAAGCAGGCUCUGGAGGAUCUGGAGAAAACCUCGGGCCAUGACCACCCUGAUGUUGCCACCAUGCUCAACAUCCUUGCUCUGGUGUAUAGGGAUCAGAACAAAUACAAAGAGGCAGCACACCUGCUCAAUGAUGCUCUGUCCAUCAGGGAGAAGACUCUGGGCAAAGACCAUCCUGCUGUGGCUGCCACUCUGAAUAACCUGGCUGUGUUGUACGGAAAGAGAGGAAAAUAUAAGGAGGCUGAGCCACUGUGCAAGAGAGCCCUGGAGAUUCGAGAGAAGGUGCUUGGCAAGGACCACCCAGAUGUAGCUAAGCAGCUGAACAACCUGGCCUUGCUAUGUCAGAACCAGGGCAAGUAUGAGGAGGUGGAGUACUACUACUGCAGGGCUUUGGAGAUAUACGAAUGCAGACUGGGCCCGGAUGAUCCCAAUGUUGCCAAAACCAAGAACAAUCUGGCUUCAUGCUUUCUCAAACAAGGAAAAUACAAGGAGGCUGAAGUUCUGUAUAAAGAGAUUCUCACCCGCGCCCAUGAGAAGGAGUUUGGUUCAGUCGAUGCCGAGAACAAGCCUAUCUGGAUGCACGCUGAAGAAAGGGAGGAGAUGAGCAAGGGCAAGCACAGAGACAACACCCCAUACGGAGAGUACGGCGGCUGGUACAAGGCCUGCAAAGUCAACAGCCCCACUGUGAACACCACUCUGAGAAAUCUGGGUGCUCUGUAUCGCCGUCAGGGCAAGAUGGAGGCAGCCGAGACCCUGGAGGAGUGUGCCAUGAGGUCCCGCAAGCAGAGCAACUCAGGGAUUGAUCCGAUCAACCAAACGCGUGUUGUUGAGAUCCUGAAGGAGGGUGAUGGAGAGAGGAGGAGGAGUAGAGACAGCAUGUCCAGCGUUAAGUACGAAAGUGGCUCAGAAGCUGGAGAGGAAGUGAGUAUGGGCAUAGAGUGGAGCGGGGCAUAAGCCAUCAAGAUUUUUCCUCCACCCUUCUCUCCCUCCCCCAUCACAUAGCAAAAGGAUGUUCUUGUUCCCUAUGGUCUCUUAAUUGCCCAUCUGCAGAAUCAUCCUGUUCCAUUCCUGGUGUCUUCGGAGAGAUGCUCCCUGAUGCUUUCACCUGUUCAAUGAGAAAUUUUGGGACGUGUGCUUUUUGCUCUUUUUCUUUUCUUUUUUUUAUUUAUUUGUAACUUGAUGCAAUUUGCCUUUCCUGUUUCACUUAUCCUUCUCUUCUCCUAUUAUCUUCCAGAACAUAUUUCUCACUUUGUGUGUGUGUGUUGUCUCUUUCUUGGCUCCUUUACUCUGUUUCUUUUUUCUCGUUUGGCUUUUUAUUUCAGAUCUUCACCUCUUUAUCUAAGCAGUCUCAGUAUUAGCUCUGUGAAGUGAUCUUUUGUUCUAAACAGAUCACACAUGCUUCUUUUUUCUGUUCUUUUGCUGUGUUUUCUUCAAGAAGGUGGGCUCUGUUAGUCUCAAUGCCUCACAGUAUUGCAUUAGGAAUUUGACUCGUAUUGUGCCAUCUGGAGUUGCUUUGUUUUUUAUUCUUUUUCAGAUUUACAGUGAAUGGCCUUUGUUUGUAAUAUUCUAUUUGAGUGGCCUACAUUGAACAGAUCAUUUCUGCCAGUGUGUCAAAUUGUGCUCUUUUUUUUCUUAUGACCUAGGUGCCUGUAAUUUUAAUUUGAUUUUUUUUAAAUAUGAAGUUUUCAUUAUUGUUUGCAAGGUUUUAAUUUGCAAAAAGGCGGUGACACAGUUACGUCUGUAACCUUUUUUUAAAUUAUUUAUAUAACAUUUUUUUUGGAGGGUCAGGGGGCUGCGGGUUGGGUUAUAUGGUAUGGAGUUAAUCACGCUCCUCUGAUAUUAUUAUUAAUAUUAUUAUUGUACUUAAGUGUUGAUUUUAUUCAUUUAUGUUUACAGUGUUUCUGAAAGCUUGCAGUGUCUUUGGUUUUGAAACACAUGCUUGGUAAAGCUAAGCUGAGUCGAUGAAUUGAUUCUCAGUCACCUGCUCGAGAGGCCGGGCUGCAGUCGUAUUUCAGCAUCAGUGAAUGAAUGAAUAAGCACCAAACUGCUGACUUUAGCAUAGCCACAGGCACGUCCACCCCCAGCACCCUACCUUUUUCACGAGCUGGCGUGCCAACAGGCAGCAUCUUGGCUGAUCCUGCUUUGUGUAGUUAGUAUUUAACGUUAAUGUUUACCAGUGUAGCGAAGCAUUAAAAAGGGAAUGACAAAGACUUAAGACUUCAUUUAACUCUAAUUUAAGAAUCAAAGCAGCGUUUGUUGACGCAAAGGUCACUUUCUUUUUUGGUUGAACUGCAUUUGUGUACUGAGUGUAUUUGUAUCUUAUUGUUGUAGCAGCAGCAGCAGAACAAGGAAAACGCAUAGCACUCUAAUAUCAGUAUAGACCAGCUAAGUCGGUCUGUACAGGCCUGCAGCUGUGGCUGAGCUCAGUUACCCGCUAUGAACAGUAUGAAAAUGCUUAUUUGAGAUCACAUUACCCAUGCCUGCUCCAGAAAAUGACAGCAGGGCCUGUACAAACCUCUUGAUCUUUUUACAUUUACCUAACGAAAACAAAAUAUACUGAGAGAUACAGAACUUCAUGCAAACACGUUUUUUCAACAAAAAAAAGAGAGAGAAACAUGGCUACGUUCACAUUAAAUUAAAUAUUUUAAAUCUAAUCUUAUCUAAGCAAUUGUGAUGGUUCACAUAUAUAAAUGUAACCAAACCACUUCUGUCUAUAAUGAGAACAAAUAUGCCCCUGAAAUGGCAUGCAAGCUCUCACCAAUACGUUUAUGCACAUUGCCUUUGUUGUAGGCCUGUCAUGAUAAACGUGUUUUUUUUUUUUUUUUUUUUUGGUCGAUAGAACAAUUAUAUUCAUAUAUUGUACAAAAAAGUCGGUAACACACUUACUGUGACUGGCCUACUCUGGUGUUUUGCUGUGCUGCUAGUGUUUUUCAAAUUUUGACUCAAUCAGAAUCAGACUGCACUUUAACGACGUAAACGAAAGCAAACUAAAUAAUAAUAUUUAUUCAUUAUCAGAAUUAACCAGAAUCGUCAGCUCAAUCUGUUGUUUCCAUACUGCUGCAUGAAGGGGAGUCUGAUCCUGGUGGGGAGUCUGAAUUAGACACUACAGUGCUCACUGAUUAUGACCGCACUAAAGCAUUUGUAGAUAGAUGAUCUGUUUACAAUUCAAGUGUCAUUGAAUCAAAUAUGCAUGUCUGAAAAUGACUCAAAUCUGAUUAGGAAAGAUCAAGACAUGAACACAACUGUCCUGAAAAAAAUCACAUCUAUGUCACAUUAAGGAAAAAAAUAGGCCCAGGAUUCAUUGGCUUUAAUGAUAAGCCGCACACCUAAGUAAAAGUAUAGGACACUAAGGUUCAGCUAGUAAACCGAAUGGAAUAUCAGCACUGCUCCAGUGUAGUUCUGUUUAUGGAGCUGAACACCUUUUCAUCUUUCAUUCAUCCACCAUUGAUGCACCAUUCCUAUUCCUCCUCUUCACGGACACAUGCACAUCACAAAGUCUCGCCAAAAGACUUCCCAGGGGUAGCGAAGGGUGUGAAAGUGAACAAACAUAUAUCAUGUUAUUAUAAUAGACGAUAUUGUUGUGUUUAGUGGAAUGUGUAUUAUUUAUUAAGCUGUCCUUCAUUGAGAUAUAAAUAUAUAUAUAUAUAUAUAUAUAUAUAUAUAUACACUGUAACUUUGGGUUUUCUAGCGCAGUAGUAGUGACCUCUGUAGACACUAUCGUAGAGUGUAGAACUGCAUACAUACAUAAAUAUAUAUAUUCAUCCCUCUGCAUUGUGACGGUUGUUGAAUCAACACUUGUUGAACUUCUCAAAUAAAAGUUUUCAUUUGUGAA